AUGAACUUUCCAAUCUCGCUAGAUCAAUGGCUCGAAUCUCAGACUACCGAUGUACUCUCUGCCUACGCGACGGCAACUGUCGACCCAGCAUUCCUACCACAAGUGUACCUGCAGGCGAUAAUGUCAACGCAGCGGCUACAUACUGCGCUUCGUCUAUGCAUAAUGUGCUAUCAUACAACACUCCGGACCCACUGCCCUCGUCCUAUCCAACUGGAUACUGCGCUCUCGCUUCUCGCCGGCAAAGACACCUUCCUCUAUGCCGGAACCGGGACCGGAAAGACGCUGGCAUCGAUUCUUCCUGCCUACGUUAUGGACCGAAAUGGUCUGAUCAUCAUGAUUGUGCCCAUGAAGCGUAUACAAGCAUCGCAUGCGCGAGCGAUCAGGGAGAAGUUCGGACUCAAGGUGGUGGUCGUCAACGAGGAAACCCCGCGCGACAAGGAAUUCUGGCAGCGCCAUGUCCACGACGCAGCUCGGAAAACCCCAGGAGAUGUUCAGGUAAUAAUAACGACACCAGAGCAGCUACGCAAGACCGCCGAAGGUCGCUAUUCAAAGCUCGGAGAGCUCAUCCGCGACUCCUUCUUCCGGUCGCGCAUUCGGUUUAUGGUCGUCGACGAAGCGCACUGCAUCCACACUACUGGGUUCGCUCGAUAUGGCGAGAAAGCUUUUCGGAUCGCUUACGGUCACCUCGACGAUAUCAAGGCGCUUCUCGGCUCUCACGUGCCUUGGCUGGCUCUCACGGCGACUGCGCCACCGUUCAUGCUUAAGACGAUUGCUCACUCCGUUCUCCGCCCAUCCUAUGUUACCAUUCAGGUCUCCCUCAAUCGCCCGAACCUCACCUAUGCUUGCCACCAAGUUGUCGGCAGUCUGGAUCGCUUGGACAACUACCUCUGCUUUCUCACUCAACCUUUCGACCUGAAAUUGCAACCACGCGUCUUGAUAUUUGUCGAGAACAUGAACAGGACCGUCGAGAUUGCUAGCUUUCUAAACUCGAAGGUUCCCGAGUCCCAUCGCCAUCUGAAGAUUGUGCGCCACCAGCACAGCGACAUGUCGCCUCAAUAUCAGGCGCACACGCAUGCGGCAUUUGUCGCAGAAGGCGGAACGUGCCGUAUCUUGGUCUCGACAUCUACCGAAGGAACGGGUGUGGAUCACCCGGAUGUAGAUGUCACCUGUGUCUCUGGCGAUCGCUCCUCCGCAGCUGAACUAGCUCAGUCUGGGGGGAGGACUAUGCGCCGGGAAGACAAGACUGGAUUUGUUAUAUUUUUCUACGAGUCAUGGGUGGAGGAUAUAGAUAUUACGAAGUAUCCGGGCGACGUAGAGGAUCUCGAUCGCCCGGGGGUCUUAAACCUGACCGGAAAAACCACCGCCAAGGAACGCACGAGUCGCUCCUAUGCAGCUUUCGUGCAGAGCACGAGCUGUCGCCGUCGGUUCUUUGCGGAAUAUCUCGGUGACGAGACUGCAGAAGCGCUUGUCUACACCGGCGACCACUGCUGCGACAACUGCCAUGACUUCGCACUCGAGAACUACCUGCCGUCGGCACCUUUCGUUGAGCCGCCUCCGCCCCCUCCAACGACGAAGCGCCCGCGCGAACUUCCAGGCUCUGCGCGUCCGCCUGUCAGCGUCCAGUUCCUCAAGAUGGCGCUCGAGAUCUCGCUCUCAGAGUGGCACGAACAGGACGAUCUGCAGCUUGUACGCGCGCCGGAGUAUAUCCUUCGUGCCCAGGAUAUCACGCUGCUCAGCAAGACACGUGUUGGAACCAUUGUGACCGCCUCCGACGUGUCGACACUGCUACGAAGGGACAGGGAGUGGGAGGCGGAGUGGGGCAUACAAGUGCUCGAGAUGGUGGAAUGCGCAGAUGAGGCGAUAAGGAAGGAGUGGGAGGAGAAGGAGAACGAGGAAAGGGUGAAUAACCCAAAGAAGCGGAAGGUCUUGUCCGCGGAGACUAUCGAGGAUAGUGAUGUCGACGACGACACGAUGGCUGCUUUCCUCAAUGAAGAAGCAGCCAAAAGAAGUGCUCUAGCGACGCGGAACUUGCAGCAGGCCUCUCGGACAGUCAAUUGGGUCACUUACGUAGAUAGUUAGCGCUUGCGGACCUUGUAGGCGGUUCUCUAAUAAACCAAAUCGCGCGGAG